ACGUCGUAGUCACUCACUGGCUGGUGUGCCAGCCAGACAGUCGAUUGAGCGGUCCAAUAAAAGCGAAAUCAUAUCACAACGCAUUAUUUGUUAUUAAACACCUCGUAAAAAGUGGCAAUAUUGCCUAAUGAUUCUUGAUAUCGCCAGCGGUAUCUUGUGUGGCGAUGAAAGGCUGUAGUUUGGCGACAUUCAGUUACUAAGCGGCGCAUUCGUUUCCUCUCACUACGAAUAACUGCGUGUUAUUCGUGGAAUAGUACGCAACGUUGAUUGACCCAUUCUACUAAUCACCGCCCGGGGCCCAGGUGUACGCAAGGAUGGGGGCCUCACAUCCUGAGCAAGAGCUAUCACUCUACGAUCGUUCGUUACUACUGGAUCUGGAUUUUUCUCGAUCGCCAGCAAAGUUUAGUCCACCCAUUUCAGCCGCAAAUCCCGGAGAACCAUGGAUGAAGGUGCGUCCUUUGCAGAGCGGAGAUUUCCAUCGCGGUUUCCUCCAAAUCUUGUCACAACUGACCUCGGUUGGCGAUGUGUCUUUGGCGCAAUUUUUGAACCGCUUUGCUCAAAUGCGUGCAAGUGGAGAUUACUACGUAACAGUAAUAGUGGACAGCCGUUAUGAUAAAAUCAUCGGUAGCGCAACCCUAGUGCUGGAGCAUAAAUUCAUUCACGGAUGUUCCGUCCGAGGGCGGCUUGAAGACGUCGUAGUAGAUGACACAUACCGUGGUAAACAGCUCGGUAAACUUAUCGUGGUCACGGUUUCGCUACUCGCCCAACGACUCGGUUGCUACAAGAUGUCACUGGACUGCAAAGAUAAGCUGAUUCCUUUCUACAAAUCGAUCGGUUACGCUCUGGAACCAGGCAACGCCAACACGAUGAACAUCCGCUACGAGCAAAGCAAUACCGUCACGCCCAAUCGCACUGCUGCCAAUGAACCGCCGGAAAUAAUCGAUCCAUCUUGACAAUUAGCCGCCAGUACUGCUACGAAAAAAUCCAAACUGUAAACCAUUGCUAACCGGAAACACUCAAACAGAAAGCUACCAUCUUUUCUGUUCUUUUUAAAGCUCAGUUUAAUUUUGAAAAAAAUAUCGUUUAAAUAUAUAAAAGAGCUUCACAUGUUUUUCCAACUCAAACUGACUUAUAUAGCUCUUCAGUGAUACACAAAUCACUAAGGCUACAUAAGCUCUACGCAAUGGAUGUUGAAAUGAUUCAAUAAUAGGAUUUCAAUUGGAUUUUUAGCGCAGCAGUAUCUGGCACAUAAUUGGCUUUUUAUUCGAUUAACUUCACUGUAUGUUAAAUUACCACCUCGAAGCUAAGCUACUUUUCUUUCUGGUGAUCGUGCUUCCUUAACUUUUGCGAAUUGGGCUAAUACACAUAUGAUAAACCAUUUUAUUAAAUAAGUGAAAAAUGUCAAAUUAAAAUUUUUAAAAUGUUGAGUUAAUAAACUUACAAUGCAGUCUGGACUAUAAAAUAA